AUGCGUUUCUCGGCUUCCUUCAUCCUUUCCGGGCUCCUCGCUACCGGCGCUCUGGCUGCUCCCGCCGCGGUUAAGAGGGCGGGUGUCUUGACCAAGCAGAGCUAUGCGGACUUUCAGAUCUCUGAUGGUGUGGCGGGCAAUGCACAGGCCGAGGUGCUUCAGAAGUUCCCCAUCGACAUGAACGACCUCGCCAACGUCGACCCGGCCGACCAACAAAUCAUCUCCGGCGCGCGCGAAGUCGCUGAAUCCGCCGAAACCGAUGCUUUCAACCCAGCCAUCGAUGCAGCCUCCGGCGCCGACGCCACCGCCCUCCAGAACGGCAAGAUCAAGAACAAGGUGCUGAAGCUGCAGCUCGAGGUUAUGGACCUGAUGAUCAGCCAGGCGCAGGGUGAGGAUAAUGCCGAUAAGAUUGCUGAGGAGACGACGAAGUUGAAUACGAAUAUUGGGCUGGAUUCGGAUGCGGCGGGACAGGCGAGCCAGAGUGUGCAGUUUGAUGGUUGA